AUGUUAAAUGAUAAUUAAUUGAUUUCUAUUGAUUGGAGAUCUAUCACUUAUAAUGUAUCAACAAGCAUGUUCCAGAUUGUGAGUGGCUACAUAUGCGCCGACCUAAUGUCGUUGCUCAAUUUGCACUUCAUGGGGUAAUACACAGAUAAAUACCAAACUGCCUCGUAUGGGAUUGCAUGGAUGAUAAUCCAGUUACAAUUCGUUCCCUUGGGAUUAGGUUUACUAUCCCUGAUAUUUAGGCAUCAAUCAAGGACUGAACAAUCAGGUAUCCUAUGCUCUGGGACAGAACAAGACAAAACUCUCUCAAACCUACUUGAACUUCGCAAUCUAUUCCAUAAUUAUUAUAUCCUUCCCCUUUUUCCUCUUCAUUUACAAUUCGCGAUAUCUAGUUCAAUUCAUAGUUCAAGAAGAAACAGAAAUCAUAACUUAAUACGCAUGGAAACCAGGCAAAUGAUCAUUCCUUUAUUUAUAGCCGCAUUUCUGCUCUUAUAAAUUGAAUGCCUAAAAUAAUAUCUUGUCGGAUGCAGAAUAUUCGAGCCUUUCCCCUUCAUCUAUGCCUCCACCCUCGUAUUCCAUUUGCUAACAUGCUCGUUCCUAUUCAUAGUCUGUAACCUCGGAUACAUGGGUUUAUGCCUGGCCAUCAUUCUAAGUGAAUUAUUCACCUUACUGAUGUUGAUCAGAUACAUCUACAAGAACCCAGAGGUGUACAAUUUAUUCGCCAACUUCGAGUUCUCAUGCCAAAUACUCCACUUCAGAGAAACAUACCAAAUGUUUAUCAAAGAGUCCCUCCCAUUAAUCCUACACAUUUACGCCGACUUCAUAGUUUUCUACAUACUGUCCUUCGUGGCCUUCUCUCUAGGAGUCAAUCAAGCCAAUGCUCAACUGGCAUUCGCCAACACUAGUUCAAUCUAUUUCAAGUUCCCAAUUAGUUUAUCAGUAACCCUGAUGUCAUUCGUUGGAAACAGUCUGAGUCAACGUAAAAUCGCUUUGGCUAAACAGUACAUCAUCAGUGGCAUGUGUCUCCAAGGAGUUGUACUAGUUUCAUUGGUCAUUGGUAUCACUUUUUUCAAGGAUGAAUGGAGUCGCUUAUAUUCAUCCGAUUUACAGAUUCAACAAAUAAUGCUAGAAACCCUGCCAUAUUUUCUUAUUGGAAGUGUGUGUUUCGAUGGGAUCCAAGGAGCAUUGUCUGGAGCAUUAAAGGGAGUCAACAAAUCAACAAUUGUAUCCAAUCAAACCAUGAUAUCAUACUACAUAAUUGGAGUUCCAGUUGUGUUAAUUUUAGCUUAUGUCUUCAAUCUAUAAUUGAUUGGUAUUUGGUUGGGCUUUGGUCUAUGCAAUUUGUAUUUGACAAUCGUAUUUCUUUAUGUCCUCAAGAAUUUAAAUUGGACUGAAUAGGCUGAUUUGAUAACUUAAAAGCUCUAAUAACACGAAGAUUGUCUAGGAGAUAUAGAUCUACCCUUAAUGUAAAUAUAGUAAGAAUGA